CCCCCGGCCCCUCCGCACCGCACUUCCGCCCCGCCAUCACUUCCGGGUCGGGGCAGGCCGGCUUCCGGCGGCGGGAUGCGGGGGGCGGCUGGGCGCCGCUAGGUCGCCGCCACGAAGAUGCUGGUGCACUUGUGGGGCUUCCUGUACAGCAGCUACGUGCGGUUCUGGCUGAAGUGGCUGUGGAGGCUGCUCACCGGCAAGUGCGAGCUGCAGCGCCUCCUCGACGGCUGCGGGGCGGGGGCGCGGCGGACACUGAGCAUAGAACAUUCACUGGAAUCAUCAAAGAGUAAGGUUUUAAGAAAUGCCGUACAUGUUGAGGAAGCUGAAGUAGAGAAGUGUGUGAGAGAUGUAAUGAAAGAAAAGAAAAUUGAACAGAAGGAUACAAGGUUUAAGACAAAUCUGCAUAUAUCCUUACUGCAGAUAUCUGGUUAUAAAAAACUGUAUUUGAAUGUGGAAAAUCUGAGGAAGGUCCCAUAUGAUUCGGAAAAUGAAGAACAUGAGGAACAGUUAAUUGAGCUUUGGAAUUUGCUGAUGCCUCAUGAGAAUCUGAAGGCCAGAAUCACCAAGCAGUGGUGUGACAUUGGCUUCCAAGGUGAUGAUCCCAAAACAGACUUCAGAGGAAUGGGCCUGCUGGGGUUAGUGAAUCUGGUGUAUUUCAGUAAGCAUUACACUGAUGAAGCUCGUCAGAUCCUUUCUCGUUCAAAUCACCCAAAGCUGGGAUAUUCUUAUGCAAUAGUUGGAAUCAAUCUGACAGAAAUGGCAUACAGCUUACUUAAGAAUGGUGCUUUAAAGUCUCAUCUGUACAACAUGGUCUCUGGAUUGCCACAGAUGGAGCACUUCCAUCAGUUUUACUGUUAUCUGGUUUAUGAGUUUGACAAGUUCUGGUUUGAAGAAGAACCAGAAAGCAUUAUGCACUUCAACCAGUACAGAGAGAAAUUCCAUGAAAAAAUUAAGGGACUUCUACUGGAUUGUGAUGUGAUACUAACCUUACAAAAUACAAAGAAACCUUAACUCCUCUGCAGUCUAUGAGGUUCUGCAUCACAAAUGGAAUUAUGCAUUUGGAUGGAAGUUUUGCAUGUUUCACCAAAAACUGUUUAAUAACAGAAUUUUUUUUUUUUACAUUUUAAAAAAAUAAUCAAAAUUCAGUUAAGAAAGCUUGGACAAUCAACUUCUGUUUACAGCUCUUUAUAUGCUAUUCUCCAAAGGACAGCUUUUUAUAAAAAAAAACAAACACAAAACAACCCACAAACAAAACCCCUAACCAACACACUAACACAAAACCCAACCCACAAAUCUGAAGAGCCUCUGAAUCACUUGCUUUCACAAUUUCUUUAAUACUUCUUGGCGCAGGAACAUGAAGCAGAUAUUUAUGCUGCAUCAUGUUUUCCAUGAAUAGGUUUGACUGUUAAUUGUCUUUUAAAAAACUUUUUAAAAUUGAAGUUACUCUGCUUUUAGACUUUUUGUGUUCUUGUUCUGUACAUGUAGUUGACACUCAUCCAUGUUAAAUUUUUCUAUAACGAAGAGGUCCACAAAGGGGAUGUAUUAGUUGCUUAUUAUUUUGGAGGAGAGGCUUAAUCCAUCAACAUACUGACAUACUUACUAGAAAUUACUUCCAAGGAAGUUGUUUUUUUUUUUAUCUAUGGAUUUGUGUCAGCAGAUUCCUAUGCUUGGAAAAAAGCUUAGUUUGCAAACGAACAAAAAGAACUACAGAUCAUCAGUGUGAGGAUCAGAUCCUCAGACUAAAGCUACUCCUAAAUAUAUUCUUACUGUAAAAAUAUACAAUUCUUUCUGAUCUGAUUGAAUCUGCUCAGGUUGUUUGACUGUCUGUCUGUUGUCAUCCCUUUCUUUUAGCAGCUAAUGGAGUAUUCUCAGUGGGAAGUACAAGAGAGUUAAUUAGCCCUUUUAUAAAGUUCACUUGUAAAAACCUUCAUUGCAGCUGCAGUUCCUAUUUUGUGAAAAUAAAUCCACACCUGAGUACAAGUCUCUGACAAAGAUGUAUUUUCCAUGGAAGGGAUGCAACUGCGAUGUGUUGCUUAGUCUUGGCAUCCUCAGACAAUCUAGUCAAUAGGACUUCAUAUCUAUAUUGUAACUAAUUAUUGCUUAGAGUAACUUUAAACAGAUUUGGUAUGACCAUCACUUCAUUUUCUAAAACCUACUAUUAAAUAAGUGCCUUCUGCUUUAUUCAAUCAGCAUUUUUAUGAUUCUGUAACCAGAUCAUACCCUUAGAAGCUUGAUUUACUUGGGAAAGACUCUUUCAGUAUAUACCUAAAUAGCACACAGUGGCACAAAAUUUGUAUGCUAACAGAAGCUUUCAUGCCUUUUAUUUUUUUUAAAUCAUCUCAGGUAAAUUAGUUAACUUCUAGUCAAUGACUAAUCAUGAAGAGAUUCCUGAAGAAUACAAACACUGAACGCAAGAAGAAAAAAAAAGACAAGCCCCAUUUUGUAAUGAGUAAUGUUACACUACAUAAGUAUUAAACGUGUUGUUAAUAGUAUUUAAUACAACAUCUCCUUGGAGAUAAUCAAAACCCAACUGGACAUGGUCCUAAGCACCUGCUUUAGGUGACCCUGCUUUAGGCAGGGGGUUGGACAAGGUGGUGGUGUCAUAUCACACAUCCAGAGGUGCCUUCCCACCUCAGUAGUUCUGCGAGUUGGUUUUGUGUAACGCGGGGCUUCUUGCACUGCAUCCACCCAGUUGCUCUUGAGCCCUUAGGUGUCAGUGGUCUUUUAUUUGUGGGAAAGCUCCUGAUGAGGGUAGACAGGGUGUGUGUAGGAGGUAAUGCACACUGGGUUCUUUUUAUGAUACGCAAGGUACAAACAAGAGUUAAACAGUUCUCAAGUUCAACACGUGCAGGGUGGAGAAGGGUUAAUUUCAUCUGUGUUGGGUUGAUGCUGCUUACUAAAAAAAAAAACAAAACUAAUGUUAAGAUGCUUGGAGGGAGCAUAUUUAUGGUUAUGCCAUGGUGUGUAAACUGAACAGCUAAAGUGACUGGAUUAGGUACAAAACUGACCGCGGGAAGCCUAGUUCUGCUGCUCUGAGGUACUUGGGUCCUGGAAUUCUCACCACUGAAAAAGCUGAGAUCCCGUGGAGAGUGUUCUGGGAUUUGGGUCGUGCGGCAGAGCUCUGGUUCUCUGACCCUUGUAGAUACUGUACAUCCCUAAAAUCCGAGGGAGGAAGCGGGAAGCGGACAUUCUCCCAGUGGCCGAGAGGUUAGUUGUCUGUUACUUUCUAGCCUCAGCUUCUGUCAUGUUUGUCUUCCUUCAUUAAUAAUUGCUUGUAGAUUUCCUUUGCAGGUGACAUGAGACUGACCUUUUAAAUUUCAGAAGCCACCCCAGUAUGUUUAGCAGCAGCAGGAAAGGAGAUCCCAGUCUCUAUUGUCAUCUACCGCUUGCUAGCAAGUACCCCCGUGCUAGACUCUGCAACCUUUUUUUGUUUUUUCCCCCGAUUUUUGCAACUGUUGCCAAAAAGAAAUCUACUCGGUCCUCUUUCCAGCCCCGAAACUUUCACUCUGUUCCUUGUUCAGGAGGAGACCGAUGGUUUAAUUACUGUUGUGGCUUUUAAAGCCCAACCAUCAAGUUUCAGAUGUCCUAUCACACACCUAAGGUGUUUUAGUGUAGAAUGUAGAUUAAGACCGAUGCGAGAUGCAUAGUCAUUUUUUUUUUAAAAAAUCCAAGUGUUAGAUGGGAGUAAACUGUGGCAGUAUACAAGGAAAAAAAGUAAAGCCAGCCAUCAUCAGAUGAGUGAGAUAUAUGGGAAUUAAUUAGUUUGCAUGUAGUAACUAUGGUGAAUGUUUAUGUUAGGCUCCAAUACAACUCCCCAGUAAACAGUUAGGAUUUGCAUGUAGCUUCCUAUGAACAAGUAGCCCGGUCCUGUCUAGGAGUCACUGUGCGUAGGUAGACUAGUACUGGGCAUCCCUGUUUUGCCCCAGUGGUAGGCUAAUUGUAUUAUGGUGGUAGCUAGAAAAUAUAUGGAAAAAGGUAAAAUUGUGUUUAGGGAAGGGAAGAACGAUGUUUUACUAGUCAGUGGUAUUUUAUACUAACUGUGUUGUAGGGUGACAAUCCUAAGGUUAUGGAAGAUUCAGAAUGGAGGUAGGCCACCUUUCUGCAAGUUGAUAUAAUCAAUUUGUUGUUAUUUUUAUUCUAAGAGUCUUGAAACCUUGGUAAAUACUCUUGUUAUUUAUUAACUGUUGUGUUUUAAAAUAUGUGUUACUAGAAUUCACAAGUACUGUUAGUUUUCUAACUUGCUGCCUCUUUAAAACAUUCACUGUGUGAAAGCUUAUAUGCAAUUUAGAAAAAAAUAAUCUAAAACUGAAGACAACAAGGUGGUUCUCUAAACUUUUUGUUGUUUCCUGUAGCAAAUCUUCUAACAAACUACCUCCACUUUUGUUGUUUAGUGUACACUUGAAACAUGGUGCCACUCCCUGAACUAAUUAGUCUGAAGAUAAGUAGAAGUCUGACCACAAGCAAAAGCAAAAUCUAGUCUUUUUACUAAGUAAAUGCAUUGUUUCAUAAGUAACCGACUUGGUUGGAAAGCGAUUUGAAGAUGGUGCUACUUAGGAAGGAAGAAACUGAGAAUGUUUUUAAACUGGUUGUGCUUCUGCCAUCUGGUACAGCACUGUAAAGAACAGGGCAUUUUGUCAUUUUGUCCUAAAGGACAAUAAAUAGGAAAAGGGGCCAAUUUUAAGCACCUCAGAUGAAUAGUUUUGGAUUUUUACUCUUUGAAAAAGAAAACAAAAAAAAAAAUGAAAGACACACACAAAGCCCCAAGCAUUCAUUUUCCUGAUUUUUCAUCCUAGUUUAAAUAAGAAAUAUUUUAUAAAAAAAUAUUGUUUAGCCUUUUUUUUUUU